AUGGCGUUAUCAGUUCGGAGACGAGACGAAAUAAAGGAGGCAAGCUAUCGAGUUGAAGAGUUACGCACUCCUUUCACCAAAUCAGAUCUCGUAUCAACAGUACAAUUCUAUGAGACUUGGGGCGUUCGUGGUGGUGGUUUCGGAUGGUCUUCGAGAUGGAGAGACGAAGAGAAACAGGCACGAAAACAGUGUUUCAACAGAGAAAUAUCGGCUGGGAGAUUGUGGCAGAUAUUAUACUUUGAGAACAUGGCCUCUAAGGUCCUUUUACUGCGUAUCUCAGCUAUGGGAAGCCAGCGAACCUUGAGCCUGAAUCAAAUCUAG